CCCCGCCACCCCCAACACUUUCCCAUGUCAUCUGGCAGCAGUGGCUCGGCUCGCGCUCAGACGCCCACCGCCCGCGACUCGACGAGGAGGACGACAUCCGUGGUGGCUGUGAGAAAGCGACUCCGCUACUACGUCGUUCGCGCUCGGCAGGGACAGGCGAGCUCAGCGGCUUGACGGGCGGCAUUGCCUCGGUGGUAGAAUUGUGCCGGGAGAUCGUCAGAGAAGGCUAUGGCGUCCGGGGACCCUUGAAUUCCGAGUCUUGGAAUCCUAUCUGCUACACGGUAAAUUUCAGUCGACCAUGAGCUCCGUUUGAAUAGCGGCGGCGACGUGAGAAAAUCAAGCGACAAAGGGCCAUACGCGAGAGUUCGGCGAGCGUGAAACGUUUGAAGACACGCUACUGAACAUUUCAGAAAUACACAGACACACACAAGACAAAGAGAGAACUGAGAGAGGCUCACGUUGAGGUGGCGUAGAACGUGUACGCCUGCCGUCAAAAGAAGCCAGCAUGGAGGAACACAGCGUGGUCCUGGACAAGACCCAAGGGCUCACAUCCGACGACUUCUCGAUCGAGGACCGUGGACAGGAAGGCAUCUUCAUCAAGGAUGUGCAGAAGGACUCUCUACGGCAGAACUUACAAGUCAAUGAAGGAGACCAGAUUGUGUCGGCGACCAUUUACUUCAAGGACAUGAAGAGGGAGGACGCCAUGAGGCUCCUGCAGAUGUCAGACAAGUACAAGACUGGCCUGCGACUGCGCCGAGGGUCUGUGGACGGCCUGCUGGCCGACCCCUACGACGCCGAUGUCUACUCGCCAACCUUGCGGUCCCCAGACUACAGCUUUCAAGGGCCAAACCUGGGCAUGAGUGAAACAACUGACCAGUGCUACAAAAGAAUCUUCAACAAGAAGAUCAAGCCGCGGCUUUCUGCCUCUGCGGAGACUCUGGAUGUCACAACAGACUCCUAUGAGAUGGAGGCUCCGGAAGGAAAUUACUCAACUUCGCUCUAUUUUAAAGGUCCACAGGCACCAAGAAAACGUGGAGAAUUUGACGCAACACUUCCAAGCUUUGGGAGCGCCAGUGUUUCUGGUGAUGCCACAGGGGACUUCAGAGUGAAGCCAAAGGCAACAAGUUACACACUUGGGCCACAUGAAAUUACAUUCGAAGGGUCAGAGGGUAAAUUCAGAUCACCCAAUGUUGGUAUAUCUGGACCAAAUGUAAAGGGUCCCAAUAUUGACAUGAAUAAUCCUCGUAUGAAAAAUGAAGGAACAUACUCAACAAUUGGAUUACCGAAAAUGACAUUACCAAAAUUUGGGUUGUCAGGGUCACAAAAGGUUCAGAUGCCACAUAUUGAUUUCAAAGCACCAAUGGGAAAUGUAAAUGUUCCUGCACGAAGAAUUGAAGGUCCAGACUUUGAUGUUUCAGCACCCAAAAUAGGGGGUAACAUGAAAAUGCCAAAGGCUGAUAUCAAAGGACCAAACGUUGGAUUGGACAUUGAUGCACCGAAUAUUGAUGUUAACGCACCCGAAGCAAAAUUAAAAAAACCCAAACUAACGAUGCCAAAAUUUAGUUUGUCUGGAUCCAAGGUACAUGGACCAGAUGUUGACGUUGAUCUAAAAUCACCAAAGGGAAAUGUUAAUCUGUCUGCUCCGAAGGUAGGGGGAAAGGUUAGUGGGCCUGACUUUGAUCUUGAUGGCCCUGAAGGAAGUAUUAAAGGGACAAAAUUGAAAAUGCCCAAGUUCAGUUUGUCUGGACCAAAAGUUUCUGGACCAGAUCUUGAUUUAGACCUCAAAAAGCCAAAGGCAAAAGGAGAUAUAAAUAUAUCAGCACCUAACAUUGAGGGAGGCAUCAAAGCACCAAAACUGAAUGCUGAUUUGGAAGCCCCGGACAUUCGAGUAAAAGGCCCCAAAGGCAAGAUUAAUAUGCCAGAAUUAAAUAAGCCUUCAUUUGGUAUGUCAAAGCCAAAACUAUCAGGGCCAGAGGGUGAUUUUGAUGUAAAUCUUCCAGAUGCUAAUUUAGAUAUAUCUUCACCAAACUUUGGGGGGAAAAUAAAAUCACCGAAAGUUGAUCUUAAAGCCCCAAAGAUGGGAUUGGAUGUUGAUGCACCUGACAUUGAUAUUCACAGUCCUGAUGCAAAAUUUAAAAAAUCAAAAUUUUCCAUGCCAAAGUUUGGAAUGUCCGGUCCGAAGAUUCAUGGCCCAAACGUAGAUGUCGACCUUAAAGCACCGAAGGGAGAUCUUGAUAUUUCUGCCCCAAAUAUUGGUGGAAAUUUUAGUGGACCUAACAUUGACCUUGAUGGACCAGGAGGGAGCAUCAAAGGUCCUCACUUAAAAAUGCCAAAAUUCAAUGUGGCUGGGCCAAAAUUGUCUGGGCCAGAUGUAGAUCUUAAAAUGCCAAAGAUGAAAGGUGGGCUAGAUCUUUCUGCACCACAUAUUGAUGCAAACCUCAAAGCACCAAAAAUGAAUGCUGAUUUGGAAGCUCCAGAUAUUGAUGUCAAAGGUCCAAAGGGCAAGUUUCACAUGCCUUCUUUUGGUCUAUCAAAGCCAAAGAUAUCAGGGCCAGAUGGUGAUUUUGAUGUUAAUCUGCCAGAUGCUGAUCUUAACCUAUCUGGGCCAAAGAUAGGAGGAGGUGUCAAAACACCUAAAUUAAAUCUCAAGGCACCAAAUAUUGGAUUAGAUGUUGAUGAACCGAAUAUUGAUCUUCAUGGUCCAGAUGUAAAGUUGAAGAAGCCGACAUUUUCCAUGCCAAAGAUGUCUGGUCCAAAACUUCAUGCCCCAGAUCUGGAUGUUGAUCUUAAAGCACCAAAGGGAGAUUUCGAUAUUUCUGCUCCAAAUAUUGGUGGAAAUUUAAGUGGACCUAACAUUGACCUAGAUGGACCAGGAGGGAGCAUCAAAGGUCCUCACUUAAAAAUGCCUAAAUUCAAUCUGUCUGGUCCAAAAUUGUCUGGGCCAGAUCUUGAUGCAAACCUUAAAAUGCCAAAGAUGAAGGGAGGCCUAGAUAUAUCUGCACCACACAUUGAAGGGGAUUUCAAAGGUCCAAAACUAAAUGCGGAUUUAGAUGCCCCUGACAUUGAUCUCAAAGGUCCCAAAGGCAAGUUUAACAUGCCAGAUUUAAAGAUGCCUUCUUUUGGCAUGUCAAAGCCAAAGAUAUCAGGUCCAGAUAGUGACUUUGAUGUAAAUCUUCCAGAUGCAGAUUUUAAUUUAUCAGGACCCAAACUUGGAGGAGGUAUAAAAAAACCAAAGGUUGAUCUGAAGGCCCCGAAUAUUGGAUUUGAUGUGAAUGCACCAGAUAUCGACCUUCAUGGUCCUGAUUUAAAGUUGAAGAAGCCAACGUUUUCAAUGCCCAAGAUGUCUGGUCCAAAACUUAAUGCCCCAGAUCUGGAUGUGGACCUUAAAGCACCAAAGGGAGAUUUCGAUAUUUCUGCUCCAAAUAUUGGUGGAAAUGUUAGUGGACCCAACAUUGACCUUGACGGACCAGGAGGGAGCAUCAAAGGACCUCACUUAAAAAUGCCUAAAUUCAAUCUGUCUGGGCCAAAGUUAUCUGGCCCAGACCUUGAUGCAAACCUUAAAAUGCCAAAGAUGAAAGGAGGCCUAGAUAUAUCUGCACCACAUUUUGAAGGAGAUCUCAAGGCUCCAAAAUUAAAUGCCGAUUUGGAUGCUCCUGACAUUGAUCUCAAAGGUCCAAAAGGCAAGUUUAACAUGCCAGAUUUGAAGAUGCCUUCUUUUGGUAUGUCAAAGCCAAAGAUAUCAGGUCCAGAUGGUGACUUUGAUGUGAAUCUUCCAGAUGCAGAUUUAAACAUUUCUGGACCAAAAUUGGGUGGAGGCAUUAAAGCUCCAAAAUUAAAUGCCGAUUUGGAUGCUCCUGACAUUGAUCUCAAAGGUCCAAAAGGCAAGUUUAACAUGCCAGAUUUGAAGAUGCCUUCUUUUGGUAUGUCAAAGCCAAAGAUAUCAGGUCCAGAUGGUGACUUUGAUGUGAAUCUUCCAGAUGCAGAUUUAAACAUUUCUGGACCAAAAUUGGGUGGAGGCAUUAAAGCUCCAAAAUUCAAUGCCGAUUUGGAUGCUCCUGACAUUGAUCUCAAAGGUCCAAAAGGGAAGUUUAACAUGCCAGAUUUGAAGAUGCCUUCUUUUGGCAUGUCAAAGCCAAACAUAUCAGGUCCAGAUGGUGACUUUGAUGUGAAUCUUCCAGAUGCAGAUUUGAAUAUAUCUGGGCCCAAACUGGGGGGAGGUAUAAAAAAACCAAAGGUUGAUCUCAAAGCUCCGAAUAUUGGAUUAAAUGUUGAUGCACCGGAUAUCGACCUUCAUGGUCCCGAUUUAAAGUUGAAAAAGCCAACGUUUUCAAUGCCCAAGAUGUCUGGUCCAAAACUUAAUGCCCCAGAUCUGGAUGUGGACCUUAAAGCACCAAAGGGAGAUUUUGAUAUUUCUGCUCCCAAUAUUGGUGGAAAAUUUAGUGCACCUAACAUUGACCUUGAUGGACCAGGAGGGAGCAUCAAAGGUCCUCACUUAAAAAUGCCUAAAUUCAAUCUGUCUGGGCCAAAGUUAUCUGGCCCAGACCUUGAUGCAAACCUUAAAACACCAAAGAUGAAAGGAGGCCUAGAUAUAUCUGCACCACACUUUGAAGGAGAUCUCAAGGCUCCAAAACUGAAUGCGGAUUUAGAUGUCCCUGACAUUGAUCUCAAAGGACCAAAAGGCAAGUUUAACAUGCCAGAUUUAAAGAUGCCUUCUUUUGGUAUGUCAAAGCCAAAAAUUUCAGGUCCAGAUGGUGAUUUUGAUGUGAAUCUUCCAGAUGCAGAUUUAAACAUUUCCGGGCCAAAAUUGGGUGGAGGCAUUAAAGCUCCAAAAUUCAAUGCCGAUCUGGAUGCCCCUGACAUUGAUCUCAAAGGUCCAAAAGGCAAGUUUAACAUGCCAGAUUUAAAGAUGCCUUCUUUUGGUAUGUCAAAGCCAAAGAUAUCAGGUCCAGAUGGUGACUUUGAUGUGAAUCUUCCAGAUGCAGAUUUAAACAUUUCCGGGCCAAAAUUGGGUGGAGGCAUUAAAGCUCCAAAAUUCAAUGCCGAUCUGGAUGCCCCUGACAUUGAUCUCAAAGGUCCAAAAGGCAAAUUUAACAUGCCAGAUUUAAAGAUGCCUUCUUUUGGUAUGUCAAAGCCAAAGAUAUCAGGUCCAGAUGGUGACUUUGAUGUGAAUCUUCCAGAUGCAGAUUUAAAUAUUUCCGGACCAAAAUUGGGUGGAGGCAUUAAAGCUCCAAAAUUCAAUGCCGAUCUGGAUGCCCCUGACAUUGAUCUCAAAGGACCAAAAGGCAAGUUUAACAUGCCAGAUUUAAAGAUGCCUUCUUUUGGUAUGUCAAAGCCAAAGAUAUCAGGUCCAGAUGGUGACUUUGAUGUGAAUCUUCCAGAUGCAGAUUUAAACAUUUCCGGACCAAAAUUGGGUGGAGGCAUUAAAGGUCCAAAAUUCAAUGCCGAUGUGGAUGCUCCUGACAUUGAUCUCAAAGGUCCAAAAGGCAAGUUUAACGUGCCAGAUUUGAAGAUGCCUUCAUUUGGUAUGUCAAAGCCAAAGAUAUCAGGUCCAGAUGGUGACUUUGAUGUGAAUCUUCCAGAUGCAGAUUUAAAUAUUUCCGGACCAAAAUUGGGUGGAGGCAUUAAAGCUCCAAAAUUCAAUGCCGAUCUGGAUGCUCCUGACAUUGAUCUCAAAGGUCCAAAAGGCAAGUUUAACAUGCCAGAUUUGAAGAUGCCUUCUUUUGGUAUGUCAAAGCCAAACAUAUCAGGUCCAGAUGGUGAUUUUGAUGUGAAUCUUCCAGAUGCAGAUUUGAAUAUAUCUGGGCCCAAACUGGGGGGAGGUAUCAAAACACCAAAGGUUGAUCUCAAGGCUCCGAAUAUUGAUCUUGAAGGUCCAGAUAUAAAUUUAAAGAAACCCAAGUUUUCAAUGCCCAAGAUCUCUGGUCCCAAACUGCAUGCCCCAAAUCUUGACGUUGACCUCAAAGCGCCUAAAGGAGAUAUUGAUAUUUCUGCUCCAAAUAUAGGUGGAAAAAUUAGUGGACCUAACAUUGACCUUGAUGCACCAGGAGGGAACAUCAAAGGACCUCACUUAAAAAUGCCUAAAUUCAAUCUGUCUGGGCCAAAGUUAUCUGGCCCAGACCUUGAUGCAAACCUUAAAAUGCCAAAGAUGAAAGGAGGCCUAGAUAUAUCUGCACCACAUUUUGAAGGAGAUCUCAAGGCUCCAAAAUUAAAUGCCGAUUUGGAUGCUCCUGACAUUGAUCUCAAAGGUCCAAAAGGCAAAUUUAACAUGCCAGAUUUGAAGAUGCCUUCUUUUGGUAUGUCAAAGCCAAAGAUUUCAGGUCCAGAUGGUGAUUUUGAUGUGAAUCUUCCAGAUGCAGAUUUAAACAUUUCUGGACCAAAAUUGGGUGGAGGCAUUAAAGCCCCAAAAUUCAAUGCUGAUUUGGAUGCUCCUGACAUUGAUCUCAAAGGUCCAAAAGGCAAAUUUAAUAUGCCAGAUUUGAAGAUGCCUUCUUUUGGUAUGUCAAAGCCAAAGAUUUCAGGUCCAGAUGGUGAUUUUGAUGUUAAUCUUCCAGAUGCAGAUUUGAAUAUAUCUGGGCCCAAACUGGGAGGAGGUAUCAAAACACCAAAGGUUGAUCUCAAGGCUCCGAAUAUUGAUCUUGAAGGUCCGGAUAUAAAUUUAAAUAAACCAAAGUUUUCAAUGCCCAAGAUCUCUGGUCCCAAACUGCAUGCCCCAAAUCUUGACGUUGACCUCAAAGCACCUAAAGGAGAUAUUGAUAUUUCUGCUCCAAAUAUAGGUGGAAAAAUUAGUGGACCUAACAUUGACCUUGAUGCACCAGGAGGGAACAUCAAAGGACCUCACUUAAAAAUGCCUAAAUUCAAUAUGUCAGGACCAAAAUUAUCUGGCCCAAAUCUUGAUGUGGAUCUUAAAAUGCCAAAGAUGAAAGGGGGCCUAGAUAUUUCUGCCCCACGUAUUGAAGGAGAUCUCAAAGCACCAAAAUUAAAUGCUGAUUUGGAGGCUCCAGAUAUUGAUGUAAAAGGUCCUAAAGGCAAGUUUCAUAUGCCUUCUUUUGGUAUAUCAAAGCCAAAAUUGUCAGGACCAGAUGGAGACUUUGAUGUAAAUCUUCCAGAUGCAGAUUUAAACAUUUCUGGACCAAAAUUGGGUGGAGGCAUUAAAGCUCCAAAAUUCAAUGCCAAUUUGGAUGCUCCUGACAUUGAUCUCAAAGGUCCAAAAGGCAAGUUUAACAUGCCAGAUUUGAAGAUGCCUUCUUUUGGUAUGUCAAAGCCAAACAUAUCAGGUCCAGAUGGUGAUUUUGAUGUGAAUCUUCCAGAUGCAGAUUUGAAUAUAUCUGGGCCCAAAUUAGGGGGAGGUAUCAAAACACCAAAGGUUGAUCUCAAGGCUCCCAAUAUUGAUCUUGAUGGUCCAGAUAUAAACUUAAAGAAGCCAAAAUUUUCAAUGCCCAAGAUCUCUGGUCCCAAACUGCAUGCCCCAAAUCUUGACGUUGACCUCAAAGCACCUAAAGGAGAUAUUUCUGCUCCUAAUAUAGGUGGAAAAAUUAGCGGACCUAACAUUGAUCUUGAUGCACCAGGAGGAAACAUCAAAGGACCUCACUUAAAAAUGCCUAAAUUCAAUAUGUCUGGGCCAAAAUUAUCUGGGCCAGAUGUAGAUCUUAAAAUGCCAAAGAUAAAAGGUGGGCUAGAUCUUUCUGCACCACAUAUUGAUGCAAACCUCAAAGCACCAAAACUGAAUGCUGAUUUGGAAGCUCCAGAUAUUGAUGUCAAAGGUCCAAAGGGCAAGUUUCACAUGCCUUCUUUUGGUAUAUCAAAGCCAAAGAUAUCAGGGCCAGAUGGUGAUUUUGAUGUUAAUCUGCCAGAUGCUGAUCUUAACCUAUCUGGUCCAAAGAUAGGAGGAAGAGUUGACAUGCCAAAAGUGGACCUUAAAGGACCAAAUAUUGGAAUUAAACAACCAAAAGUCAACAUUGAUAGUCCUAACCUGUCAUUAGAAGGGCCUGAUAUUAAAACUAAGUCACCAAAAUUCAAAUUGCCAAAGUUUGGUACUGCUGGUAAGAAAAUAUCUGUUCCAGAUCUUAAUGUUGAUCUGAACACACCUAAUAUUAAAGGAGCAGCAAGUAUUCCUGAUGUGAACAUUGAAGGGGGUUUGAAGACACCUAAAACUCCUGCACUUGAUAUUAAUAUGGAGUCUCCAAACAUCGAUAUUACUGGUCCUCACGGAACAUUGAAAAAAUCUAAAUUUAAGUUUCCCAAAGUUGGUUUCUCAGGAUCAAAAGCAAAAGCUCCCACAGCAGACUUGGAUAUGCCUAAUCCUAAUUUGGAUAUGAAAAUGCCUAAUAUGAAAGGAAAUAUUGACCUGAAGUCUCCGAAUGUUGAUUUUAAGGCCCCAGACAUUGGAUUGGAUGCCAAUGCACCAGACUUUGACAUUCAAGGUCCAGAUCUAAAAUUAAAAAAACCUAAAAUAUCCAUGCCAAAGUUUGGAAUCUCUGGACCAAAGCUUCAUGGUCCAGAUUUUGAUGUGGACCUGAAAGCACCAAAAGGAAAUUUCGAUGUUUCAACUCCAAAAAUUGGUGGAAAACUUAGUGGACCUAACCUUGACCUUGAUGGACCAGAAGCAGGCAUUAAAGGACCUAACUUAAAGAUGCCAACAUUCAAUAUGUCUGGGCCAAAAUUAUCUGGACCAGAUCUUGAUGCAAAUCUGAAAAUGCCAAAGGUGAAAGGUGGCCUAGAUAUAUCUGGACCACACUUUGAAGGAGACCUCAAAGCACCAAAGGUCAAUGCCAAUUUCGAUGCCCCUGAUGUUGAUCUCAAAGGUCCAAAAGGCAAGUUUCACAUGCCUUCUUUUGGUAUGUCAAAGCCAAAGAUAUCAGGCCCAGAUGGUGAUUUUGAUGUGGGUCUUCCAGAUGCAGAUUUAAACAUUUCUGGCCCAAAACUGGGAGGAGGCAUGAAAGCACCAAAGGUCAAUGCCAAUUUCGAUGCCCCUGAUGUUGAUCUCAAAGGACCGAAAGGCAAGUUUCACAUGCCUUCUUUUGGUAUGUCAAAGCCAAAGAUAUCAGGCCCAGAUGGUGAUUUUGAUGCGGAUCUUCCAGAUGCAGAUUUAAACAUUUCUGGCCCAAAACUGGGAGGAGACCUCAAAGCACCAAAGGUCAAUGCCAAUUUCGAUGCCCCUGAUGUUGAUCUCAAAGGACCGAAAGGCAAGUUUCACAUGCCUUCUUUUGGUAUGUCAAAGCCAAAGAUAUCAGGCCCAGAUGGUGAUUUUGAUGCAGAUCUUCCAGAUGCAGAUUUAAACAUUUCUGGCCCAAAACUGGGAGGAGACCUCAAAGCACCAAAGGUCAAUGCCAAUUUCGAUGCCCCUGAUGUUGAUCUCAAAGGACCGAAAGGCAAGUUUCACAUGCCUUCUUUCGGUAUUUCAAAGCCAAAAAUAUCAGGCCCUGAUGGUGAUUUUGAUGUGGGUCUUCCAGAUGCAGAUUUAAACAUUUCUGGCCCAAAACUGGGAGGAGGCAUGAAAGCACCAAAGGUCAAUGCCAAUUUCGAUGCCCCUGAUGUUGAUCUCAAAGGACCGAAAGGCAAGUUUCACAUGCCUUCUUUUGGUAUGUCAAAGCCAAAGAUAUCAGGCCCAGAUGGUGAUUUUGAUGCGGAUCUUCCAGAUGCAGAUUUAAACAUUUCUGGCCCAAAACUGGGAGGAGGCAUGAAAGCACCAAAGGUCAAUGCCAAUUUCGAUGCCCCUGAUGUUGAUCUCAAAGGACCGAAAGGCAAGUUUCACAUGCCUUCUUUUGGUAUGUCAAAGCCAAAGAUGUCAGGCCCAGAUGGUGAUUUUGAUGCGGAUCUUCCAGAUGCAGAUUUAAACAUUUCUGGCCCAAAACUGGGAGGAGGCAUGAAAGCACCAAAGGUCAAUGCCAAUUUCGAUGCCCCUGAUGUUGAUCUCAAAGGACCGAAAGGCAAGUUUCACAUGCCUUCUUUUGGUAUGUCAAAGCCAAAGAUAUCAGGCCCAGAUGGUGAUUUUGAUGCGGAUCUUCCAGAUGCAGAUUUAAACAUUUCUGGCUCAAAACUGGGUGGAGGCAUGAAAGCACCAAAGGUCAAUGCCAAUUUCGAUGCCCCUGAUGUUGAUCUCAAAGGACCGAAAGGCAAGUUUCACAUGCCUUCUUUUGGUAUGUCAAAGCCAAAGAUAUCAGGCCCAGAUGGUGAUUUUGAUGUGGAUCUUCCUGAUGCAGAUUUAAAUAUAUCGGGGCCAAAACUGGGAGGAGGCAUGAAAGCUCCAAAACUCAAUUCCAAUUUGGAUACCCCUGACGUUCAUCUUAAAGGUCCAAAUAUUGGUGGUAAUAUUAGUGGACCUAAUAUUGACUUUGAUGGACCAGGAGGAAACAUGAAAGUACCUCAUUUAAAGAUGCCCAAAUUUAACGUAUCUUUACCAAAAGCAUCUGGACCAGAUUUUGAUGCUGAUUUUGAUGCUGAAUCCCCAAACGUUAAUCUCAAAGGUCCAAAAGUUAAAACUAACAUGCCAAAUUUAAAGACGCCUUCUUUUGAUGCAGAUGCGAAUGUACCAAAUAUGGGAGGACGUUUGAAUUAUUCUGGACCAAAUAUGGAAGGUGAUUUGCAUGCACCAGAUAUUAAUUUCAGAGCACCAAAAGGAAGUAUUGACCUUGAUACUGACCUCGAUGUUAAAGGACCAAAGGGUCACUUUAAGGGCCCCGACAUGAAAACACCUACAUUUGGGUUUUCUGGACCUAAAAUCAGAACUCCUGAAGCAAAUAUUGACCUAGAUGGUUCUUCUCCACAAGUAAAGGGAAAUUACUCUUCCCCAGGUGUGAAUUUUAGAGGGCCAAAAGUUAAUGCAGAUCUUGGGGAAUUAGAUCAUAGUGACUUAUCUUUGAAAUCACCAAAUGUCCAAUCAGGAUUUUCAUCAAAAGGCUCUUAUACCAUUGCUGGACAUGGUGCUGAAAUUUCUGGUGAUCCAAAAUUACAUGGACGUUCUGGCACUCUUGACCUUCAUGUGCAAGAUGAUGAAGCAGACCUUGCUGGCAAGAAGAGUAAGCAUAAGUUCAAACUCCCAGGGUUUUCUGUGGGUCCCUCAAAGAAGAAAGGGUUCGCAAACAUUUCUGGGGAUGCUGACGCAUCUGGCAAGCUUAAACUCAGCUCCCCUGACGUGCGAAUGUCUUCUGGCUCACAAGACGAUCUGGACACGGGAACAGGAAUUAAGAUCGGACUACCAAAAAUUGGCUUUUCAUAACUUAGAAGGCGCAAUACUGAAAACUGUAAAUAAAACCAAAUACUUGGAUUGGUCAUCCUUCUUUGAUAUCUUUUUCAUACACUUUUUUUUAUACAGUAGUUUUAACAUGGCAAUUGGAAUUAUCAUGCCUGACACACCUGAUCUGUUAACUUGUUUUGUCACCAGUCAAGGCCCACAACAAAUGAAUAGUCGAUUAAUUUAUCUGACCUGUGUUAAAGAAAUAAAGUAAGUUAACAUAUUUGAAGGUGAAAAUAUUUAAGAUUUCCUGUUUCAUAAUGCUCGUAACUAAUUGUUAACCAUUUUUGUAUUCUAUUUUAACAUUAAUGAGCUUCCGCAUCUUCUGUAUUCAACCGUUUGUGAGAACCAAAUGUGUCAUUUAGCACGUGAUGUUAGACCCCCUAAACAUUGCCAAUCUAUCAGAUAACAAUAAUUGAGGUUGAUGGAUUUUAUUUCAAAAGCACAUGUAAUAACUGCAAUUAAAAGAAAAAAAGUAACAAAGUAAAGAAAUUUGUAAUAUAUGUAGACCCCAAAAACAGUGAUCAAAACUGUCUCUUGGUGUAAGUGUCCUGUGGACCUAUCUUACAUCUACAGAAACAUCCAAUGUACUAUCAGUAACCAUAUUCUGUAACGAAGUAAAAUAUAUAUAAUGAACGGAUACUUGUGUGACCACCACUGUGGUGGAGUUGUAUAUAUAAAUUGCUAUUUUAUUAUGGUGUACUAAUCCACGAUUAUACACAUCACAGUUAUAAUGUGUAUAUGACAAAGUUACGUUUGACGCAAUACUGUACGGUAACCAUCGCAUAUCUGACUCGCUCGGGCCUAAGAUACAGGUGGAUAAUGUCAAAAGGUCAGAUAUGUAAACAUCUAUAGAAAAAUUACAUCUACACCACCAUGCACAAAAGACUGCGACUGAGUGGUUGCAGUUAAUUUGUAGGGUCGGAUAUGUGACAGUCGGACAUGUGACGUAAUGUACUUGUUUAUUUGAACAAACAUCCAACCCUCCCCCCUUUGCAGCCCAUGUGCUUUGGAAAAACACAACCAUCUUGCGACUGUCUAAACUGCAUUAUAAUUUAAAAACAAAUUGGCUGCUUAGCAUGUCAUGCAUGUUAGAAUACAUUCUUUAUUUUUGGUACUGUUGAUGAGUUUUGCCGUUUCAUAUUUUGUAUAUAAAGCUAAGGCAGCAGUUUUCACGUUUAUUUUAAUCACUAGGCAAUGUGUGUGGUCACUGAAACUUGAGAUUUUACACCUGUUGAAACACUUGUCCGAAAUAUAUAUAUAUUUUUUAAAAACCCAAGCAGAAUUUAUCCACUUCCAUACUGAUCUAGCUGAAUUAAAAAUGAAUUUUUACAAAUCUGGUGUACUUUAAUGGUUCGAUAUUCAGGUGUAUAAAUUGACACGAUCAUAUUGCGUGGAUAUUGGGAGUAUAAAUGUUUAAGCAAAUGUACUGUUUCAGCAAUGGUGCACGUCAUAACAUUUGUGCAUAUUAAUACAUCAGAAUAGUGCAUUUUUAGGCUUGCAAAAUCUACCACUUUACCUGCAUUUAAUUAACCUGAAAUACACGAGUUACAAUUUAUUGAAAUGUUCAAUUUCCAUGAACAUACACAAAUGCCAUACCAAUAUAGGAUAAUAGCCAUGGAAAUAACGCAAUAUCACAUCAAUCGUGGACCUCUCUCCUGGAUCUGCCGUCAAUAAGGUUCCUUUAUUUUGAUUGCACUGCGUGGUGGAGUUUAAUGUUUGUACUACGUUCUCUCAAAAUAAGCAUUUUUGUAUUGGUACAACGAGAGUACUGUCCCAAUAAACACGAAACACUGGGCCAACGUUGGAUUGUGGUUGAAACUGUCAUUCCAAUGUUGCCCCAACGUUGCCCCAACGUUGCUCUAACGUUGUUCAAACGUGCCAUGUUUAUUGGGUACUUUAUUGCAGAGUAUCACUGAAGUGGCCGUACAAUUAACCAUAUUUUAUUUGCUUUGCAUAAAGCACACGAUUGUUAUAGUUUUGCUGACACAUUGUAUAUUUUAUAACAUGUUUAAUUACGCACUUUUUAUAUGCAUUUAGGCUUAUUUUAAAAAUGUUUGUGCCUGCUUUUAAAGUAUUAGUUUCAGUCAUUUAAUUGUAAUUGUGUUUUAACAUAAUGUUCACCUGGUUGUUUGCGUACCGUACUAGUAUGCCAUUAUGUACUAUAUUUUGGUGUCUAGCACAGUUCAUAGCAUAUAUUUUUAUUGCAGCAGAGGGAAGUUAGUAUCACAAACAUAGUUGGGAUGAGGCAGAGGAAUGGCAGGAAUAGUUUUUUUGCGUGAGAAAAAUAAAAUGGGUGCCUUGUAAAAUGUGUAAAUACAGAUAAAUGACAAUGCCUGUCUUUAUAUGGAUUUAUACAAUAAAUACUUAAUUCCUAA